AUGACCGCUCUGAUGAGCGUUUCCGAGUCCAUAUUGGCCAGCCCUCGCGUUCUCUUGGAGAGUGCUGAAGAUCUGCAGAAGUCUGCAGAUGACCUCAUGGCUGCCGCAGCGACCACCACCCAGUCGGUGUUCACCCUUGCCUCCUUGGUCGAUCCUGCGCGAUCGAGCUCCGAAUACCAACUUCCAGAGAACGAGCGUAACAACCUUCAUGGUCAAGUCCUCAUUCCUGACUUGAGCGGAACGCUGGAGUCACCCAGCGGUGAUACAGACACGGCUCAGGCUCAUCAGGGCAUAGUGAAAACGGUGACGACGAGGCGCCACCAAGAGAACACUGAUAACUCUGGUACUGCAGCCUCACAGGCUAUGGACGAUGUAUAUGGCGACAGUACCGAUCGCGACGAGGGAUUUUACGAGGAAUAA